AUGCAUUUGGCUCUGGUCUCCCUAUACGCCUGCCUGGGCUUAGUCUCUGCCCUGGCGCCCUUGUCGGACAGCGAUGAGGUGGCAGCACUACAGCUGGCAAGUGCAGCAGUGGAUGCGGCACGAAGGCACAUUGUCCGCUGCACCACCACGCUGGUCAUCAUGGAUCACUGUGAGCUUUGUACGAGCAGGCAGCGCAGCCGGCAGACCCAGCUUCUCGACUACGUACUGAAACAGACCGUCCAGAGUCUGGCACUUCAGCUAUUUGUGGGAACACUCGAUGAACAGCCCUGGGACUACAGUUUGUUCAUUGUCAAUAAGCCGCGUGCCUUUGAUGAGCUGCGCUUCAGCCUGCCAAACACGUUGCACGAACGCGAAUUCUACUUCCUGGUCGUGCUCACGGAACGUCUGUGGAGCCUGGCCGACGUGCAGCACAUUUUCGCGACCAGUCUGCAGUUUAAUGUGAUCAACGUUGUGGUGAUGGUGCAGCGGGAAGACGGUCAGAUUAUACUCUACAAGCAUCGCAUCUUCAGACCGGACUGUAAGCACGUAAUCGACGUGAUGGAGUUCAACAGAUACGACCCCGAAACUGGACGCUUCCAGAAUGAUGUGCUCUUUCCGGCGCACUUCCGUGAUUUCCACUUUUGUGCUCUGAAUGUCAGCGCCCAACAGCUGCCCCCGCAUUUCAUGUAUCGAGGGAAGAGCUCUGGUGGGCUCCUGGACGAAAGCGAUCUGCGCCGCAUCAGUGGCAUCGAUGGCGAGCUGCUGCGUCUGUUGGCCAAAAAGAUGCGCUUUCGCAUACGUCUGUAUGUGCCGAGCCGUCGGAGCGAGAUCUGGAGUGCGGGAAACUACAGCGGUUGCUUUGCGCAGCUGGCAUCUGGUGUGGCUAACAUGGCCAUAGGUGGCUUAAGUGGAUCUGAUCGGAACCGUCAAUAUUUCUCACUCUCGGCCGUCUAUCAACUGAACUAUCUGGUCUUUGUGGUGGCCAACGACAAGGACAUUCCCCAGGUGGCUCAUCUCUUAUGUCCUUUUCGCAACCGAGUGUGGAACUUACUGUUGCUGUUGCUGCUGGCAGUGCUCUUGGCAACGCCCUGGCUACGCGCCUAUCUCCCGCAUCCCGUCGAGAGCUUGCUCGCCUCUACCUUUGGCAACCCAAUAGGUGUUCACCGGCUCAGUGGAAGGAUCAGUGUUCGCUACCUGCUGGCCAGCUGGCUGCUAUUCACGCUGGUGCUGCGGAGCGCCUAUCAGGGCAAGAUGUUCGAUGUUUUGCGCGUGUCACGACCCAAGCCAUUGCCCAACGGACUGGGGGAUCUACUGGCGCAAAACUAUACGCUAGUGAGCGGAGUAUUUUUUGAUUUCUAUCCGGAAUCACGAACUCGUCUCGUGCCCGGAAAAUUUAGUGUGCGCUUUAAGCUCGUGCAGAGGGCCAAGCGGGAGGAUAGGAUCGCCACGAUAUCGUUGAUCAAUAAUCUGGCGCAUUGGAAUAUGGAGAAUUGGGACAGUAGUCGUUUGGUGCGUCUCCACGAGCCCGUCUACGUGUAUCAGGUGGUGCUCUAUUUUCCGAAGCACUCGAUAUUCAAGUUCGUCUUUGAUCGCAAGAUCGAACAAUUGGAGGGUUCGGGCAUACUAAAUCAUCUGGAGCAGCGUUUUGUGCAGGGACAUCGCUUCAUCGACAUGAAUGCGAGAGAGCGUCAGAAUCCUUGCAUCACCAACGAUAUGCUGCAUGGCUUAUAUUUCUGCCAUUUCUCGUUACUGCUGCUGGCCAGUCUCCUCUUUCUUCUCGAGCUGGUCUCCGUGCGCAGCCCACUGUUACAUAGCCUGCUGCGGAGGCUCUGA